UCCACUCACACUUUGGCUUUUUGGUUGUUUAUUAGAAACCAGUAUAAAGGAAGCUUAAUUAAUUCUUUAUUUUUAAAGGAAAAACACACUUUAAAAUGUUUCAAACAAUGAAGCUUUUUUCAUACUUCUUGGAAGACUCUUCCACAGACCAACCGAUUUCCAAGUCCGGACAUUGGUCUGAUGUUCAGUCUAAAUCUCUCUUAUCUUCAGUUCAUUACACCUGCAGCACCCUGAACAAUCCGUGUCCUUCAUUGGUAUUUACACCUGUCAAAUGCUAUGGUCACCAUGCAGAGGUGAAUAUAAGCUCCCAGUUCAAUGAGCAAUGGGGCACCAACCACCUGCAGCAGCACUUUCCCUCUUGGCACCACAACCCCGAUCCCAGCAUCGUGCUGAAAGGAGGCCUGGGGAGGAAGGGCUGCAGAGUGAGCCCUCACCGCAUUUACCCCACAGUGGCGGCGCCUGUCCUGCUGGGCUGGGCCUGGCGCUCCCCACUCCAGGCAUGGGGACUCUGAUGGAAGAUCGGUUGGGCCAAACCUGAGUGGUGUUGCAACUGCAGGAACCAGGUUGCAAUGCCCAGAGCAGGGAGCCAAGCCCAGCCCAACUGGACAAGAGCCACUGCUGCAGGGUUUGCUCUCCAGCAUCCCCUUCGGCCCAGGGCCCCCCUCCUCACUGGAUUUGGGGCUGUGGUGUACAUGGUACCACUGUGGUGAUCAGUGCACCCAGAGCUGGGCCCAGACCCAUGGGGUGGGAGUCGCCACUGCAGGAUUUCUGUGGGCGCCAUUGCAUGUUAGCAUCUUAACAGAGCUAAAGCCGCCUGUUACCAUGUCUGUUGACUUCAGAUCAUUAUUUAGCUGAGCUAAACAUAUCAUCUCAUCCGUCCACAUAAUCAAAUCUUCCCCCUUGUCUUUUUUGUUACUUUUCUCUAAAUUCUCUCCAUUUUGUUUCUGACAAGAAGCCCAGAUCUGAAAUCUGUAUUACACAUGUAGUCUCAAGAAGAACAGAGGGAUUUACCUCUUUGCUGUGUGAUGUGAUGCCUCUAUUUAUUAAGUCCAAAAUUACACAGCUGUUUGUGCACACUGUGUUGCAUUGCUUACUCAGACAUUAGGCACUGUUAGGGCUACUUGAUCUCUUGGGAGUUGAUGCAUGAAACUACCCACCAAGGCUCAACUCUCAGUAAUUUGCAGUUCAAGGAGACAGUAAUGAUCUUUAAUAACCUGAACAGUCUGGAAUCCUAUUAGCCGAGGACUGUCCCGCUCUCUCACCUCAUCACCUUGGUCACUCUUGCAAAUAGCCCUACAGUAGAAGUCUCCAGGAAUAGCAGCAGUUUUUUCACUACUUUGGAAUUCACUCCCUUUAAUGGGCUAACAAAAUGAGAAGUGAAACUUAAGGCAUAGCAUAGGAAUAAUUUUUCUUUUGACUUUUUUUUUUUUUUUAAUUUUAAACAGGAAAAAAAGGCAAAGCCCAUUACAUUUGAUGGUGGCAAAUUUAUAACACCGGGAGUUACUUUCAAGGGAGAACUCCAAAUUUAAACUCAGCGGGUUACUUGUCCAAAUCAAGUUCCUAAAACACACAGGUGAUACUUGUAACAGUGGGUGGUAGGGCCAAGGGAGAGCGGCGCUUAGACCCCCCAGUGACCCAUGGAGAACACAGGUAGCUAAGGCAUCAGCUGUGGCAGAGGAUACGUAGUUAUAGCUCCUCUGCCUCCAGCAUGGGCCUCAGCCCCACUCUAGGGCUAGCUGCAUUCUCCAGGCUCAGCCCAUCUCCUGCCCAUCUAAACCUGGCCCUCUGGACUAGGCAGCUGCUGCCCGGCUGAGAGGCUGCGCUCCUCUAGCAGCCUGCCUCGGCCAGGUCCUAGCAUCUUGCUACCCUCCCAUCAGUGACUUCUGCGCAUGCGCGUCCUUCUUCUCGCUGCACCAGGCGCAUGCGCACUGCCAGCUGGGUGGCGGGAACCCAGGCGCGCUUUUCCAACGCUUGUUCUCUUUAAAAACAACCCCACCCUCAAAAAAAAAACAACCACGCAUGCGCACCCUGCAUCUCCUCCGGGUCGCCCGUCCGGCUUGCGGCGCAUGCGCGCUACCGCGCUGUCUGGCGUGGUGCACGGUGGGAAGGAGGCGGCUCUGUCCCGGCGGAGGGUGGCGGUGAAUCCUCCCGGCCGCUCACAGCAGUGUAGAGCCGCUUCCCCCCCCCGCCCGGAGGGAGCGCGGAUUUAAAGGGGCAGAGACCCCGGCACGGGGACCAUGCCGAACUUCUGCGCGGCUCCCAACUGCACCCGCAAGAGCACCCAGUCCGACCUGGCCUUCUUCCGCUUCCCGCGGGACCCGGUCAGAUGUCAGAGGUGGGUGGAGAACUGUCGAAGGGCAGAUUUAGAAGAUAAAACUCCAGAUCAGCUGAACAAGCACUACAGAUUAUGUGCCAAACACUUUGAGACCUCUAUGAUAUGUAGAAGCAGUCCUUACAGAACAGUUUUACGAGAUAAUGCUGUGCCAACUAUAUUUGACCUUACAAGUCACUUGAACAAUCCACACAGCAGGCACAGAAAGAGAAUAAAAGAGUUGAGUGAAGAUGAAAUAAGAACAUUGAAGCAGCAAAAGAUUGAUGAAGCCUUUGAACGGGAACAGGCAAAUCAAGAGUUGAAUGAGAGCAGUGCUCAGAACACUGUUUCAGAAGAAGGAGGAGAAGAGCAAGAAGAGGAAGUUGUUCCUUUAACGCUGGAAGAGAGGGAAAACAAAGAUUACCUUAAAUCUUUAUUUGAAAUUUUGAUCCUCAUGGGCAAACAAAAUAUUCCUUUGGACGGCCAUAAUGCUAAUGAACUUCCAGAAGGUAUCUUCACCCCAGAUAAUUUUCAAGCUUUGUUGGAAUGCAGAAUAAAUGCUGGAGAUGAGGUUCUGAGAAAACGAUUUGAGAUGGCUGCAGUAAACCUGGAGUAUUGUUCUAAAACGCAACAGAAACAGAUGCUUGAGAUCUGUGAGAGCUGUGUAAGAGAAGAGACGCUCCGGGAAGUAAGAGACUCCCACUUCUUUUCCAUUGUCACUGAUGAGGUAGUAGAUAUAGCAGGUGAGGAGCACUUACCAGUGUUGGUCAGGUUUGUUGAUGAGUCCCACAAUCUGAGAGAAGAAUUUGUAGGGUUUUUGCCUUAUGAGGCAGAUGCUGAAAUUUUAGCUGUUAAGUUCCAUACAACUAUUAUUGAAAAAUGGGGUCUAAACAUGGAGUACUGUCGAGGUCAAGCCUAUAUUGUCUCCAGUGGAUUUGCUUCAAAAAUGAAAAUUGUAGCUACAAGACUCUUGGAAAAGUAUCCACAAGCUGUGUACACGCUCUGUUCCUCUUGUGCUCUAAAUGUAUGGUUGGCAAAAUCCGUCCCUGUUGUUGGCGUUUCUAUCGCUUUAGGGACGAUAGAAGAAGUUUGUUCAUUUUUUAAUCAGUCACCACAGUUGUUAGUAGAACUGGACAACAUAAUCUCUGUUCUUUUUCAGAACAGUGAGGAAAAGAGUAAUGAACUGAAAGAGAUUUGCCAUUCUCAGUGGACAGGUAGACAUGAUACUUUUGAGAUUUUAGUGGACCUAAUGCAAGCACUGGUACUGUGCUUGGAUGGUAUAAGCAGUGAUGUGUCUGUCAGGUGGAGUAACUUCGUUGUUGGACGAGCAUUUGUACUUUCAAGUGCAUUAACAGAUUUUGACUUCAUCGUCACUGUUGUAGUUCUGAAAAACGUUCUGUCUUUUACAAGAGCCUUUGGAAAAAAUCUCCAAGGCCAAACAUCAGAUGUGUUCUUUGCAGCCAGCAGCUUAACAGCAGUGUUGCAUUCGCUGAAUGAAGUGAUGGAGAAUAUUGAAGUUUAUCAUGAAUUUUGGUUUGAAGAAGCAACAAAUUUGGCCACAAAGCUAGAUGUACAAAUUAAACUCCCUGGAAAAUUUCGCAGGGCACAGCAAGGUAGUUUGGACUCUGAUGUAACAUCAGAAAAUUACUACAAAGAAGCACUUAGUGUUCCAACUGUAGAGCACAUUAUUCAGGAAUUAAAAGAUAUAUUCUCAGAACAACACCUAAGAGCUCUUAAAUGUUUAUCUUUAGUGCCCUCAGUCAUGGGACAACUAAAAUUUAAUACGUCUGAGGAACAUCAUGCUGAUAUGUACAAAAAUGACCUACCUAAUCCAGAUACACUCUGUGCAGAACUUCAUUGUUGGAGAAUCAAAUGGAAGCAUAGAGGAAAAGAUAUUGAGCUUCCAGCUACCAUUUAUGAAGCACUUCAUUUGCCUGACAUAAAGUUUUUCCCUAAUGUGUAUGCAUUGCUUAAAGUUCUGUGCAUCCUUCCAGUGAUGAAAGUGGAGAAUGAGAAAUAUGAAGUAGGACGAAAGCGCUUGAAGGCGUACCUGAAAAACACCUUGACAGAACAGAGGUCAAGUAACUUAGCUUUGCUUAAUAUAAACUUUGAUAUAAAACAUGACUUGGAUUUAAUGGUGGACACCUACAUCAAACUCUAUCCAGACAAAGUAGAAUUUCAAGAAGACUUUCUUCCCUCAAACAAUUCAGAAGUAACUGAAGAUGCUUAGAAAAAAAUCUUUAAUCUGUUUGUUGAAACAGUUUUUCUAUUCAGACUUUAACAUCAAGAGGAAAACUAUAAAAUGUAUGUAAUCUACUUAAUCAUUACAAUUGUAUUUCCAUUUUAGACCUCAGAUUGAAGAAGCAGUGGCCAGUAACACAAGUUAUGUUCUGUUGAUCCACAUUAAAUUACUAUUAUGUGAACAAAAACACCUUUGAAAAUAAACAAGUGUGCUUCACAAAGACAGUUCUCAAACGCUUCAUCUGAUUGGCAUGACUAGGUGCUCAUUUUUGUUGUGUCAUUUUGGAAAAGUAAUUUAUGAUCACUGUGGAUCCUAUGGAGUUGUUUCAUACUUAUGUAUAAAAAAAUGCAGGAAAACAAGGUAGAAUGAAAUCCAUUGCUUACCAGUUACUACUAGGAUUUGUGGUUUAUUUGGAAACUGUUUAAAAAAUAAGGAAAUGGUAUAUUUGAAUAACUGAGUGGAGAGUGAAUUCUUCUAUCACAGUCAUCACACUGUGGACUGUGUUCUCCACAUCAAGUGAAUAUCAGUGAGUGUGAAGGUACGUUAAGGUUUCAAUGGAAGAGCUAGCCUUUCUCAAUCACCUGAUUGUAUUGUUUACAUUCCUUUGUGUGAGCCGCACAACUAUUUUUUCUUUUUAAGCUUUUAACAGGUAUGAAUUGAAUAUUAAAUCUAAAAUCCUGAAAGAUCCUGACUGUAAAAUGUAUUCCAUAAGCAUCUAAAAUUAUUUGGUUUUGUCUUUACUGUUACACAAAAGUGUAUCUAUUGCCUCCCAUCUUUAUUUGUAAACAUACCCUGGAAAAAUUAGAAAUAAGUUUGUUGUUUGUCCAGAAGUGACUUGGAAAAUAUUGCUGUUAUUUUUGGCACAAAGUAAACAAUUUUGUAUAGUUUUAUUUCAAUCUAAAAUAAAAUGUGAAUUUGC